AUGAUGAACGGUACAAGUAUGAGUUCACCGAAUGCUGCGGGAGCAAUCGCCUGCAUGCUUUCGAAACUGCGAGCGGAUGGCAGCCAGUGGAAUCCAUUCCGAAUUCGUCUUUCGUUAGAGAACACUGCUAAGCAAAUUACGGACGAAUCAUCAUUGCCUUUUGGGACUGGAUGCGGAUUGAUUCAGAUGCUCGUGUUAAUGUUACGUACUUUUUCUGUAGGUGUAUACAUCAGAGAACUAAAAGAGUCGAAGGAAGUUCAAGAGUACGCAGUCACUGUCGAGCCGAAGUUCAAGGAAUUUAGCGAUAAUGCAUGUCAAGCCGAUUUCUCCAUGAAUAUUGUUCUCCAGUCAGACGUUGAUUAUGUUCAACAUCCUAGCCUGUUCAUGCUGACAUCUGAAGGCAGGAGUUUCACUUUGAAGGUCGAUCCAACUCAGCUCUCUCGUGGGGGUGUCUACUUUACUGAACUGCGCGGAAUGUACGCGGACAAUUUCGCAAUGGGACCUGUGUUCCGUGUUCCCAUCACUAUUAUAACACCCGAGACCGUCGACGAAGUUGACUUCAGUGUUGAUCGCACUUUCAAGAAUGUUGGUACCAUUCCUAUCCGUCAGUUCAUCCAUGUGCCUCCAGAAGCGACUAUAUGCCGUAAGAAUAUCACUCUUCUCUUCACAGAUCUAGCUCGGAAACCGUUCGACAGGUUCACACUGCAUUGCGUGCAGCUUGAAGAUGAUAAAUGCUAUAGGAACAGUGAAUCGUACAAAAUACUGGGUACUGACUCGCACGAAUGGACCAAGACCUUCUCGGUCGUAGGCGAUCGCACGCUUGAAGUUUGUCUUGUGCGCAGUUGGACCCGUUCUGAUGUCGAAGGCAGUGUGCGAGUACUCACGAAGUUCUUUGGUGUGCAGAGACCUCAGGUUAUCAACUUGUACGCUCCACAUUCCGGUGAAGCCGACAUCAGCAAAGAUAGAACCGCUUGGUCCGAGGGAUUUGAUGCCGAAUGGAAAACAAAUCCAUCGACUUUUACUCGUUUAUAA